AUGAAAAACGAAGUUGGUGUGGCUACCGCCCACCUGAAUGAUGCCGCAAUUGCUUCCCAGCAUGCGGUGCUUCGUAAUACUUAUCGUUUGUUAUCAAUGACUUUGGCCUUCAGCGCAUUGGUUGCUGCCGGCUCGGUCGCGCUGAAUUUACCGCAUCCAGGGAUUAUUGUUGUCCUGGUCGGUUAUUUUGGUCUGCUGUUCCUGACCAGCUACCUGCGCAACAGUGCCUGGGGUCUGGUGAGUGUGUUUGCGCUGACCGGAUUUAUGGGCUACACCAUAGGUCCGAUCAUCAACAUGUAUCUGGGUCUGGCUAAUGGUCCUUCGCUGGUCACCGCGGCUAUGGCGACAACUGGCGUCGUAUUCCUUGGGUUGUCAGCCUACGCCAGAUCGUCCAAAGCCCCAGACAUGAUGCGCUUCAGCACAUUCCUGUUUGUCGGCAUUCUGGUGGCAUUCUGCAUGGGUCUGGCGGCUGUUUUCUUCCAGAUGCCAAUGCUGUCAGUAGCGGUUUCAGGUCUGUUUGUAUUGUUGAUGAGUGGUCUCAUCAUGUGGCAGACCCAGGAUAUUAUCCGUGGCGGAGAAACCAACUACAUCAUGGCAACCGUGACCUUGUUUGUAGCGAUCUACAACCUGUUCACCAGUCUGUUGCAUAUCUUCGGCUUCCUUGGAGGUGACGCCGCUCGAACUCUGGGUAUGACCACUACGGUGGUCACACCUGCUGCGGACAGUCCGGCUAACGAACACGCCGACCACGUCAUUGUCGCGCCGCUGGAUGAUCUGGCAGCGUCCGAGGCGCUGAUCAGUCGUGUUGAUCUGAUCACCUUUGAACUUGAAGAUAUCGCCUCCCCAGUGCUGGAUCGGCUUGCCGAGGCCAAUGCGCAGGGUGACGUGGAGGUUUUUCCAAAGGUAGAGCAUCUGCGGCUGCUGCAGAACAAGUGUUUACAGAAACGCUGGUUUGUUGAGCACCAGCUGCCCACUGCAAAGUUUAUCGAUUGUCCUGCGGAAGCAAACAUCAGCACCCUGGCCGCAGAGUUUGGCCUGCCCUUUGUACAGAAAACCCACAGGGGUGGUUACGAUGGGCGCGGUGUGCAGGUGAUCCGUGAAGUGGAUGGCGCAGAUUGUCUCUGGCCGACGGCGACAAUUAUUGAAGAAUUUAUUGCGCCACGUCGGGAACUUGCGGUAUUGGUGGCGCGCAAUACUGCUGGUGAAGAAUCUGUUUUUCCCGUUGUCGAGAUGGACUUUAACGAACAAGGACACAUCCUCAGCCACGUCCUUUCACCCGCAUCCUUACCUGUCGAAAUUUCCAGCGAGGCACAGCAGAUAGCUCUGCAGUUUAUCCGUCAGCUCAGCGGUGUUGGUCUGUUUGCAGUCGAGAUGUUUCUACGCAACGACAAAGAACUGUUGAUCAAUGAAGUUGCACCACGUGUUCAUAAUUCAGGCCACCUCACUAUUGAAGCCCACCAGACUUCACAAUACGAACAACACCUGCGUGCAAUUGCAGGCUUACCAUUGGGUUCUACCAAGCAAAUGGAACCUUCAGCCAUGGUCAAUAUCCUCUACGAUAAUGCUAUUGAAGCAGCCUGCGCGCGCGGGCAUGGCGUUAUUGCUGCCGGGAACAAUACAAAUGUGCACUGGUAUGGUAAGAAGGGCACGCAUCUGCUCAGGAAGAUGGGCCACAUCACAAGCACUGCGCAAUCCAUAGAAGAAGCUCAGCAAAAUGUCGAUGAGGACAAUGGUAUAUCGGUGAUCAUCGCGGGUGCUGGUGGCGCCGCUCAUCUGCCUGGAAUGGUUGCAUCGCUUACACCUGUGCCCGUGAUUGGCGUACCGGUCAGUGCGACCAAGCUUAACGGCCAGGAUUCACUGCUCUCGAUUGUGCAGAUGCCCGCGGGCAUUCCUGUAGCUACUGUGGCGAUUGAUAAUGCACGUAAUGCAGGCAUUCUGGCUGCGCAGAUUAUUGGCGUGUCAGACUCAAAGGUUCGCACGGCGAUCAAAGCGUUCCGCGCCGCAAUGACCCGACAGGUUGAAAUAAAAGCUGAAAAGCUGGCGGGAAGCGCGGCGGCGACGUUGCUGCGCAGCGACCUCGAGAUACCGGAGCAGGUUGCCAAAUUCCUGUCGCUGUAUCUGCUGUUUGCCAUUGGCUUUAAAGGCGGCGUGGCGCUGGCUGAAAGCCCGCUGGACUUUGAAGUAGCAAAAGGUCUGCUGACAGCUUUGUUAAUGGCGUCGGUGGUGCCGGUUUAUGUUUUCUACCUGUUGCGCAGAAAGAUGUCGACAGCAGAUGCGGCUGCCACUGCAGCAACCUACGGUUCAAUCAGCGCAGUAACCUUUGUCACCUGUACCAGCUACCUUGACGCAAAUGGUGUGGCGUGGAGUGGUCAUCUGGUCGCCGCGAUGGCGCUGAUGGAGUCGCCGGCCAUCAUUAUUGGCUUGCUCCUGUAUCGCAUUUAUCAGUCAAAAGAAGAGCGGGAUCAGCCUGAACUCAUCGCGCCGGGAGAGCUGGUGCGUGAAUCAUUUCUGAAUGGGUCUGUGUUCCUGAUCAUGGGGAGCCUGAUCAUCGGCUGGAUUGCCGGGCCCGUUGGAAAAGCUCAGAUCAGUCCACUGGUGAAUGAUCUGUUUAUAGGUGUGUUGUGUCUGUUUUUGCUGGAUAUGGGUAUUGUUGCGAUGCGCCGGUUGCAGGAUAUGCGCAGUUCGGAGCGCGGACUGAGCAGCUUGGGCAUGGUGGCGUGGGGUAUCGCUUUGCCACUUCUGAACGCAUCCAUUGCGGUUGGUUUAGCGGUGUUGAUAGAUUUGCCUGAGGGUGAUGCGGUCCUGCUGAUUGUUUUGUGUGCCAGUGCUUCGUACAUCGCCGUGCCCGCAGCCAUGCGCCUGGCGCUACCCGAAGCGAAUCCGAGCGUUUAUCUCGCCCUGUCUCUGGCCGUCACUUUCCCCUUCAAUUUGCUGCGAAUCGAAAUUGUUAUCGAACAGCCUCUGGCACAGCGUAUGGCUAAACUUCUGGUGAAGCUGCAGGCGCCCGGAUAUACCCUCAUAGAUCACGCUGGAGGGAGUGGCGACCGUGGCUUACGUCGCGCGGACGAACCUACCGGUACGUCAACCAACUGUGUUUUCAUUAUUGCCUGUGACGAUCCUGAGAUCACCGACCAGAUUGUUAACGGUGUGCGCAGCAUGCUGACCCGCUCUGGUGGCAUCUGUCUGGUCAGCGACGCGCAAUGGUUGCGACACUGA